CCCAACCUGACAACCGCCGGCCGUGCGAAUGGACCCUGAAUCCGAGAUCGCGUUCGAGUUCGUGCCGAUCAUCCGGCAGUACAAGAGCGGCCGCGUCGAGCGCCUACUCCCCGCGAACCCCGUCCCGCCCUCCGUCGACGCCGCCACCGGAGUCGCCUCCAAGGACGUCACCGUUGACCCAACCACCGGCCUCUGGGCUCGCCUCUACCUCCCCGCCGGCCCCGCCGACAGCAAGCUCCCCAUCGUGGUGUACCUCCACGGCGGCUGCUUCGUGGCGGGCUCGGCCGCCGACGCGCCGGACCACGCCUUCCUUAACCGCCUAUGCGCCAGCGCGCGCGCCAUCGCCGUGUCCGUCGAGUACCGCCUGGCGCCGGAGCACCCCGUCCCCGCGUGCUACGACGACGCGUGGUCCGCCCUCCGGUGGGCCGCGGAGGGCGCCGCCGAUCCGUGGCUCCGGGACGGCGGCGACCGCGACCGGCUGUUCGUGGUCGGGUACAGCACCGGCGGCAACGUCGCCCAUAACGUGACGCUCCGCGCGGGCUCGUCGGAAUCAGACUCGCUCCCCCUCCCCCGCGGCGCCCGGGUCAGCGGCCUCGCGCUGCUGCACCCCUACUUCCUGUCGGCCGGGGCUGACGGCGAGACCGAGGCGACGCAGGCGUGGCUGCGGGCCAAGCUGGAGGAGCUGUGGGGGUUCGUGUGCGGCGGGCGCACCGCCGGGCUCGACGACCCGCGGGUCAACCCGGUGGCCGACGGCGCGCCGAGCCUGCGGCGGCUGGGCUGCGGCCGCGUCCUCGUCUGCCUCGCGGAGGAGGAGCUUCGGCCCCGGGGCAAGGCGUACCACGACGGGCUGCUGGCCAGCGGGUGGCCGGAGGAGGAUGUCGAGCUGCUGGAAUCCGUCGGCGAGGACCACGAGUUCUUCCUCCGGGAGCCCCGGAGCGCCAAGGCGCUGGCUCUCAUGGACCGCCUGGUCGCCUUCAUCGCUGGGAAGCAGGAGUAG